AUAUGAAGGUCCUGAUAGUUUGUCUGUUUUGUAUCUUUCUGCUCGCGGAUUCAAUGGUUGGAGAGGACACAGUUGCCGAGGACAUCGGCGUCCAUCAGCUGGAGCGUUUGGUGGAGAUGCUGACGCCUACGGAGUGCGAGGACCUUUUGGCCGCUCUGUCUCAGCCGGAGGAGGACAUCUUCCAGCACCUUGAACGUCUCACACCAGAAAAGAAUGAUUUGGACUUAAAGCCACGAGCCAAGAGGGACACUGCUGAAGCUGCUGACAGCGAGGCUCAGUGCCGAACGGCCCUGACGGACUGGCUGCUGCGGCACGGAGAGGAGACCUACUACGACAGGCUGACUCGCGCCCUGCAGCGCAUCGGCAGGACGGACGUCGCCAUUGAAGUGGGCAAGAACAUCAACCAGGAGAAAGCCUUGAGUCUGAAACGCUACGUGGAAGAUUAUCACAAAUAUGUCAACUCUUUAAAUCUCAAAUCUCUGAAGUUCAACACAAAGACCCACCGGGACGCAGGUCGGAAGGUCAAGAGAAGAAAAGUCAGGGAUCUAACGUGGCGUGACCUGGAUCUGAUUGUGCAGCGGGCCGCCGUACCUCCGUACCAGAAGGGGCUCUUGGACGUGGUUCUGCCGCUGGUGUGCGGCCUUCUGGCGGGCUUCGGAGCGACCCUGGUCCUCGGCGUGUCUUUAUCCCUCAUCACGGUUUACAUCUGCGACAGGAGAUCCUGCCCCCUCGGGACGGCCGGCAGCGAUUUAGAGCUGGGUCGGGCUCUGCUGGGGGAUGAUUCAUAUGUGGGGAAAUCAGAAUAA